AUGAGCCUAACGCAUCCACCACCCACCUCGGGCGACGAGCUAGACGAUAUCUUGAACGGGAUAGCAUCAGAAGGAGGCCAUGUCCAGUCGCAGGCUGAGCUUUCUGACAGCAGAACUACCAACAACAACAGCAACACAGAUGCAGGUCUCGGGAUUGACGAGGAGAUUGUGGUGACCAAGAAGCGCAUACCUAUACCGAAACUUGACGAAGCAAGGCUGCGCUCAGAGCCAGGGAUACCACGAUUGCGAAAGAUAUCGAAAGAACGACUGCGAUUCAAAGGCAAAGGACACGAAUACGGAGACAUCGCCCGCAUGCUGAACAUGUAUCAACUAUGGCUCGACGAUCUCUAUCCUCGUGCUAAAUUCGCAGACGCUUUGGCUAUAAUCGAGAAGGUCGGACACACGAAACGCAUGCAAGUGGACCGAAAAGCUUGGAUGGACGAAGGGAAGCCAGGCCGAGACACAGAGCAGGAUGAAGACGACCUGGUUGCAACAGUCCCCGAUGAAGCACCCGCGCGAGAUCAGCAGGAGGCAAUGGAAGACCUAGACGCGGGUGAGGAUAUAACACAAGUGCGAUCUGGUUCGGCUAUCCACCAUCAGCCACAAGCUCAAUCUGAUCCUAUUGUUGAAGGACCGGAUGAAGACGAAUUGGAUGCUCUUUUAGCAGAGACUACUCAAGCUGAUAAUCCAGUUACGAGGCCGGUGCCAUCACAAUCAGAGCCCACACAAGACGACAUUUUUGCGGACGAGAUGGAGGCCAUGGAGGGUAUGGAUGACAUGUGGUGA